UGAUGCCACUGAAGGAGGAGAGUGAAGAACCGAAUGUAAUUGAAGACCAAAUCCAGACUGAAUAUGAUUACGAUUUAGCAACAUUAAAAAAAAGUCCCAGUGACUCAGAGACUGAAGAGACCUCCUCACAAAAAAGUGCUGAAACAACAAAAACAAGUAGUUCUUUUAUUUGCACUUGGUGUGGAAAGAGUUUCAGUGAACUUGAAAGAUUUAAAGUCCACAUGAAGGUUCACACUGGAGAGGGGCCUUUCAGCUGCCGGCAGUGUGGGAAGAGAUUCACUCUUAAAAGCAGACUUAAAAUGCACAUCACAAUUCACACUGGUGAGAAAUCCUUCAUCUGCCCACAGUGUGGAAAAACUUUCACUCGGAAGGGAAGCCUUAAAGUCCACAUGAGGAUUCACAGCGGAGAGACCUCGUUUCCCUGUAAACACUGUGGAAAGAGUUUCACGCAAAAAGGAAGUCUUAAGGUCCACAUGAGGAUUCACAGCGGAGAGAGCUCGUUCACCUGUCAGCAUUGUGGGAAGAGUUUCACUCAAAAGGGAAGCCUUAAAGUCCACAUGAGGAUUCACACCGGAGAGAGCUCAUUUCUCUGUAAACACUGUGGAAAGAGUUUCACGCAAAAAGGAAGUCUUAAAGUCCACAUGAGGAUUCACAGCGGAGAGAGCUCGUUCACCUGUCAGCAUUGUGGGAAGAGUUUCACUCAAAAGGGAAGCCUUGAAAUCCACAUGAGAACUCACACCGGCGAGAACCUUUUCAUCUGCCCAGACUGCGGAAAGAGUUUCCACCGAAAAGAGUCUCUCACAAGUCACAUGAGGAUUCACACAGGAAAGAAGCCUUUGUCGUGCGAGCUGUGUGGAAAGAGUUUCAGAGAUUCCCACUCAUCAAACACGGCGCAGUCGUCUUGUAAAUGCUGCUGCAGCGUUCCCUGUUGUUCAAACAACAAGCAGAGAUUUCCCUAUUUGAGUUUCCACGACUUUCCAGUGGACACCGAUCAGCGUGCCCGUUGGAUCAAGGCCGUCAAAAUAAAUAAGGGACCCAGCUUUAAAAUCCUUCGAGGGAGCACCUACGUGUGCAGUCAGCACUUUGCCCCAGAGGAUAAAUACAUGUUAUCCAUUGGACGGACCAGGAUUAAAAAAGGAGCAGUGCCGUCUAGAUUCUUCUGGAAUAACUGGGGUGAAGGAACAGCUUCUGAAAAUCACCUGUCGGUUAACCAGAGAGCAAAGAAGUAUAUCAGUGCUGCUUAUCCGGAGGAAUCUCAAGAGAGUCAGCCUGCGAAUGGAGCGGUGGAUCAUGACUAUGCCUACCAUCCUUCUCCUGGUAAACUGGAUGCUGCUGCUGAAAGGAUUAAAGAGUUGGAGCUUCAGGUUUCAUCACUAGAGGAAGAAAUCAAGCAGUUGACAGUGAAGCAGCAGCAGCCGCUGAUCUACAAGUUCUGCGUCACCGAUGAGGACUUUCAGUACUACACAAAGUUCAGCUCAAAGCAGGCCUUCACUGCGUUCUGGGAGUCCGUUCACCCCUCUGAUUCAAGACUUGCGUACUGGACCAAAGCACAGCAAACAGAGACGCCAAACCCCGAGCCAGAACUGCCGCUCGUUGAUGAACUCUUCCUGUUUCUCUGUCGGGUUGUUACCGGGCUUCAGGAGAAAACUUUGUCCUCCAUAUUUGAAGUUAGUUUGGUUACAGUUAAUCGUGUUAUAUUAACAUGGACAAGCUAUCUUCACCAGGUUCUCGAGUCUCUACCAUUGUGGAUGAGUAGAGAGCAAGUGCAGGCCACAAUGCCGGACAAAACCAAGCUUGUUUACCCUCAGCUGAGAGUGAUAUUACACUGCACAGAGAUUAGCUGUGAAGCAGCAUCCAUACAGUCAGAAACUCUUAAAGAUCACACCAACUUUAAAGCUCUAAUCGGCAUCUCCCCAUGUGGGGUUGUGACAUUUGUUUCCAAACUUUACCCAGGCUCUAUUUCAGAUGCGGAAAUAACACAUCGGUCACACAUCGUACAGUUGCUUCAACCAGGAGACAAAGUAAUGGCCGAUGAAGGCUUUCAGAUUGAGGAGAUUCUGUCUGAGGUGGGGGCGACACUCCUCGUCCCGCCGCUGGAGGACAAUCUGGAGACCCAGGCGAUCGCCCAACUUAGAGGUUUAGUGAACAGGACAAUACGCAGGGUUAAGGAGUACCAGAUAUGGGACGGGGUUGUUCCUCUUUCUCUGGCGGGUUUGGUCAGUCAGCUGUGGGCCGUUUGUUGUUUAAUGGUGAACUACCAGGGAGAUCCUGAUGCUGAAUGUGAAAAACCAGUCUAAAGGGAUUCCCUUCCUUCAAAACAUUUUUCGUUAUGUAAAUUAAAGUUUUAAAUUAAGUGUUGGCCUUAUUUACAAUAUGUUAAAUGAGUGUGUCUGUGAAGAGUCAGGUCAAAAUACCCAUCAGAUUUUUUUCCAGCUGAUCAUUGCGGCCAUUUUGGCACCUGUGCCUUUAAAUGCAAAUGAGAUUGAUCUCCCCGCCCACUCAAGGGACAUUUCGCUUCAGAGAAGGAUAACUCGGGUCAGAUAUCAGGAUAAACCCAGCAAAAUGACAGACAGCAGCUCAGACGGACUGAAGCAGAGACCCACAGUCGCACAAACUACUGUAAGCUGAAUGAUGCUGUUUCAAGUUUUGCACACGCUAACAAACAUGCAGAUGCUUAAAACAUUGUGCUGUUUUUGCUCAUACUUCAGGCAAAUUUGACAGGAUGCCCACCUAACUGGUAAUUAGGCUGCUGUAUAGAGAUCAUUAUAGGUAAGUUACUGUUCAAAACAAACCAGAUUACAACUCUUGUUGAAGCGUCCUCGUUUAUAGUUGUGUACACUGUGCAGCAGUGCUGAUUCCAGCGGUUAUAAAUUCUGUAGCUCAAAAAGCAGAUCGAAAUGCUAUAAAGCAAUGCUCUCAGACUCAAUUCCUGGAGGGCCACAGCUCCAACCACCUCCAAAUUACACCUGCUUAAUAGUCUCUAGUAGUCUUGGAACACCUUGAUUAGUUGGAUCAAAACUCUGCAGAGCUGCGGCCCUCCAGGAAUCCAGUUUGAGAUCUAUGCUAUAAAGAAUACAAAGUGCAGCACUUACUGCUGCUUGAGGUGCAGAUGAUCACAGAGAGUUGGAACAGAUCUUUUAACUCCAAUUUCUUUGCAAAUCCUGUCUUGUAGACAUGGCUAUACGUGUUAAUAGUGGGACAUGGUAAUACAUGCCUGUCAAUUACUUAAGGUGGGCAGGGAAAACCACACUGCUGCGUCAUGGUGUGAUGAGGCUCAAAAUCAGAGAUCUGGAUCCUUAUUUUACCAUCAGGACAUUUGGAAAAAGAGACUUGUUGUGUUUAUAUCACCCUAGUAUGACUGUGGAUACACUACACCCACACACUGUUCUGUCUAAACACCUUACAAAAGAUACUGUGCGUAACACAGUAAACACAGAACAUGGCAAUGGAAAUAACAGAAGUGUGUAUAAACAGUAAUGACAAUCAGAAUAUUUGAGUAGUAUAGCAUUCAGAGUCAUUUUCUGUGCUGGCAACAGUGACGGCAAUGAUAAUGAAGUAAAUAAUAAUAAUAUUGAUUUAAUGACAAUUAAUAUUGUAGUGUCUUUUGUGUCAGCAAUCAUGUCUAUGUUUCCCUUAAUAUUUCUUGAGCAUUUCAGAAUACAGGGUGAUGUAGUAUUUCCACAGGUCCAGCCUGGUGACUGCACUAGGUGGUGAAGGUGGUGAACAAGAACCUCAUUAUAACAAGACUAAAUAGACGAAUUUAAAAUGUAACAUGUUUAAUAACCAUAUGUACAUUUAGUCAUUUAGCAGACGCUUUUGUCUGAAGUGACUUACAUUUGAAAUGCUGAAACGGAGGGAAAAAGGGAAGUUUAUUCAUAAACUAAGAGGAUCACGUGCUUAUGAUUGAUCACAGCUGGUCCCGCAUCAGCUAACACGAUUCACCAAUCAGAUGAUUUCUAAUGCACUAUAAAUAACCAGUUUCUUACCUCAGUAUCUUCAUCUUGAAGAAUCCCCCAUCCACCUCUACUCUUUCUCCCUUUUCUAGAUAGAAAAGGGUUGCCUUACAGCAAGAAUGUCACUGGUUUGAGUCCUUACCAGGCCAGUUGGCUUUCUCUGCGGAGUCUGCAUGCUCUCCUUGUGCUUGCGUGGGUUAUCCCAGAGUUCCUCGGUUUUCUCCCACCGUCCAAAGACAUGCAGUAUAAGUAAAUGAGUAAACUGACUAAUCCUAAGUGGCAUCAUAGACAAAUUCUUAGUUAGCUAUUUCUCAUAGCAAUUCCUACCUCAUUAACCAUAACAGGCAGGGGAGUUCUUAAGACCUACCUGAGCUCAAACUCCCCUCUCGCCCUUCGAACGGGAGGGAGACCCGGGCUUAAGGAUCUUCUUGAGCUCAGGGCUCUCUCCUGGGGACAGCAUGCCCAACAUGCUUCAUUAUCAAUCAUCAGCUAAGUGUGAACUCUUGAAAAUGUAUUCGUGUGGACAUGGCCUAAGAAAACAUCGUCAACUGUCAAAAGAGAAACAGACUUUGUUGCGUUAGGAGAAGCUUCAUGAAAUUUUGUCUUAUAUAGCAGGGGUUCUCAAACUUUUCAGCCCGGAACCCCCAAAAUAACAAUGCCAAUGACUCGCGACCCCCACUAUUUUCGGAAGUGGUUAAAAUCAUACAAACAAUGCGCACAACCUCACACAAACCAAUUGGCCUAUGUAAAAACAAGCAUAUUGACAACACAAAAAAGUGCAACAGUCUAACAACCAUUUAUUUUUGAUCAUAAUUUAAUAUUAACCUGACCUAAUGAGACUGGAGGGCACAAUAUUUAAGUUACAUCACAAGUCUUUCCUUGGUUUAAUUUCAGAGACUGCCACUUAAAGAUCAUCUUCCAUGUUCAGUGUCCUGUAUUUAUUUUAAA